CUUUUAAAAUCCAUUCCUGUUUCUUCACACAAUGUAACACAUGAAACACGUAUUCUUCUUGUAAAAUGGCUGUCAGUCCCUGUACGUAGGUGUUUGCUAAAAGUUAAUUCCUUUCUUAAGCGCUCCAUCCCCACUACCACUGCUUAGUUCAGGCCAUCAUUUUUUCUUAUGCUGCUGUGACGGUGACGAUGUUAUCAUGUUCCAGGCACUAUGUACGAUAUUCCACGAACUAAAAAUAAGAGUGCACAUUUAAUGAGCACUCACUAUAACUCAGGUAUUACGCUAAAUAUCACUCACGGCUUAUCAGCCAACAAUCCUAUAAGGUUAGUUUUGUUUUGAGUACAGAUGACCCCCAUAUCCUCCCUCCUUUAAUUCCUCUUUGCUUAUAAAUAUAAUAACUGUAUCAUUUCCCUAGAAUAAACCGCACUUAUUUAAAGCGUACAUUUCAGUGAGUUUUGACAUACUUGUGAAACCACCACCACAAACAGGAGGCAGACUGUUCCCGUCGCUCAUAAACUUCCCGAGCUCCUUCUCAGCUUAGCCCGCCCUGACCCCGGGCCCACGCGGGCCCGUGACGUCACUGCCCUGCGCCCCGCCGCCGCUGUGCGCGGCGCUUCCGGCAGCGAGGACGUGGGGGGCGGGGCGGGGUGGCGUCACGGAGGCGCGCGCCGGAAGCGGGCCCGGCGGAAGUGGCGGGGCGGGGCGGGGCGCGGGGGGCGAUGGGGGUUGGCGGCGGUGGCCGGCGAUGAGCAGCGGGAGUGCUUGAGCGGGCCGGCGGGCGAGGCUGGGGGGCCCCGGAGAACGAGCCGCAGGGCGGAGGGCGGGGGCGCGAGCGCGGCGGGCGGCGGGCGGCGGCCUGGGCGCGGCGGCGGCCGAGAAGAUGGCGGACGGCGACAGCGGCAGCGAGCGCGGCGGCGGUGGCGGGCCCGGCGGCUUCCAGCCCGCGUCCCGCGGCGGCGGCGAGCAGGAGACGCAGGAGCUGGCCUCGAAGCGGCUGGACAUCCAGAACAAACGUUUCUACCUGGACGUGAAGCAGAACGCCAAGGGCCGCUUCCUUAAGAUAGCCGAGGUGGGCGCAGGCGGCUCCAAGAGCCGCCUCACGCUGUCCAUGGCGGUGGCCGCCGAGUUCCGCGACUACCUGGGCGACUUCAUCGAACACUACGCGCAGCUGGGCCCCAGCAGCCCCGAGCAGGUGGCAGCGGCAGCGGGCGCCGAGGAGGGCGGUGGGCCGCGGCGCGCGCUCAAGAGCGAGUUUCUGGUGCGCGAGAACCGCAAGUACUACCUGGACCUCAAGGAGAACCAGCGUGGCCGCUUCCUGCGCAUCCGCCAGACGGUCAACCGCGGCGGCGGCGGCCCGGGGCCCGGCGGCCUGCAGAGCGGCCAGACCAUCGCGUUGCCCGCGCAGGGCCUCAUCGAAUUCCGCGACGCGCUGGCCAAGCUCAUCGACGACUACGGCGGCGAGGACGACGAGCUGGCUGGGGGCCCGGGCGGCGGCGGCGGGGGCCCCGGGGGCGGCCUGUAUGGGGAGCUCCCGGAAGGCACCUCCAUCACGGUGGACUCUAAGCGUUUCUUCUUCGACGUGGGCUGCAACAAGUACGGAGUGUUCCUGCGCGUGAGCGAGGUGAAGCCGUCCUACCGCAACGCCAUCACCGUCCCCUUCAAGGCCUGGGGCAAGUUCGGGGGCGCCUUUUGCCGGUAUGCAGAUGAGAUGAAAGAGAUCCAGGAGCGGCAGAGGGAUAAGCUUUAUGAGCGACGCGGCGGGGACGAGUCAGAGGGAGAGGAGGUGGAUGAGGAUUGAAACGCCUAGCUUCCCUUACGGGCCUCCCCACCCCACCGCUAGAGAGCCCCCCUUCCUGUUCAUCCCAGUGAGCUAGUGGAGGGGGAGCAAGGGAGGCUCCAGAAGGAGAAAACAAAAUUUAAAAUAGUUAAUUAAGAGAAAUAAUCAUAAGAGAGAACAGUUACGGACAAUUAGAGAAAAGCAGUAAAGUUCCAAGGAAUUGACAGCAACCUACAAAGAGAGGACAACAGCGCCUCCUCACCUGAGCAAAAGUCUCAGCUUCUGUUGCUUCCCAGCUGGGGUUCCUAAAUCCAUCAGAAUAAUCCUGGGUGGGGUAGAUCCUUGCACAUUGGCCAAGGAACAACUCUUGUGUUACCCAGACCCACUGAUGAUAGCUGAAUUUGUAUUAUACCUGGGUAACCUGGUCUUAAGAUAGUGUCUGUCCCUUCACCUCCAUUGAAAUCAGCGUUUUGGAUCUAGAUCUUCAUGGAAUUCUUGUGAAGAGAGAGGCAUUUGCAGUUACCCAGUUCUGAGGGUACAAGUUUUAUGAAAAGGAAUGCAACUUUUAAGAAAUCAUAGACAGGCAAAAUAAGAAUUCAAGAAGCCACCAGGGAAUACAGAAACAAAUCGGAUCCAUUUUUUUUUUAAAUGGUUUUGCAUGGAACCUGGAACAAGGCCCAUGUCUUGUCUUUGCAGAAUUAUUUUCCGGGAUGCAAAUGGAUUCAGAUGUCAGUCCUUGAACUAGAAUCCGUUAUUAUAAUAUUUUGGAAGUUGGCAAAAUUUUUUCAAAGAUAAAAGCAGUUUUUUUACAUUGGGGGUUGCUGAGGUAGGCACAUGAAGAAAUCAGGCAUAAAGCACAAGGAAAACUGUUUGAGUGGAUUGGUUGCUGCUCACUAAAGUUCUUCCCCGAUCUCCAAAUAUGGAGGUCAUGUCUUAGAUAUGAAUGAGAGCCAGAUCCCCGUGGCUCCACCGUGUGAGCCAGUGAAUUAUGGCUAAUUCGGCAGUUUCAGCCACUGGUUGGCUGGAUUUUAAACCGUAAAACUUGAAGAUAUCUACAAAAGGAACAGUGGCUACAAGCCUGAGCUUUAAUGGAAUAUAAGUCCUCACAGAAAAGUUCGAAAUAACCAAAACUGAAGUCUUCAUCUACCUUCAGUUUAAUCUGUGGAUUUGUUUAAAUACUAAAGAUCCUCAGGUCCAGAAUUCCAGCAACAUUUAUUCUUUUAAAAUAAAUUUUUAAGAGAACUUGAUCCAUGUAUCAGUACCUCACAAUCAAAGUUGGCAAACGAUGGAUGAGUGAUUCAAGCACCGUGCCCUUUGGAAGCUGAAAUCCAUCUGAAUGGAGCUGAAGGUGAACGUGAAUAUGCUGACUAUAUCCUGGAAGCAUUUUUAUACCAUCUUGAAAUUUCAACAAACUGCCUUUUGCCAGUUUAUCCAGCUGUCUUUCAAGAAUAAAAGUUGGGGUUUUCAAGGAUCCGCCUCUUCUAUAUUUUAAAUGGAUUUUCAGUAUGAUCUUUACUAAUCAAGUUAAUCCCACCCCAUCAAAAGGUAUUCCUAGAAGUGUCAGAACCUAGGUAACUGAAUUGAAUGGGAGCUAAUGUUCUUUGCAAAGUUUUCAGGUAUAUUUUGUGCAACACCUUCUCAACCAGGAGGCAAGUAACCCCACUUCCACAAUCUUAGUAUUUUAACUGCAUGCCUGCCCUUUAUUUGAGCUGCCUUUUAAUUUAUUGCAUACCCUUUUUAUUAUCUUAUUUUGGUAUUCAAUCUAUACAGUCUUUUUGUAUUUAUUGGGAAAUGAGUAAUAUACAAAAAGGUCGUUUUCAUGAAUUAGUGGCUGAGAGGGAGGGAAUAAUUGUGUAUAUAAAAUUAGGCUUUUUUAAAAAUUAGAUUUGAUUCAGAAUAUCUGAUCUUAGAUUUUUAAAAAAUAGUGGAAGAGCCACAAACAUUGGUGCCCUUUUCAGACUAUUUCUCUACUCUCAUCAUCCACAGUAGACUUUUUAAACAGAUUUUUUUAAAGCAAUUUUUUUUUUUUAAUUUUUCUCCGUUGCAAAGAAUGUUUCCUAAAUUGUAUGGGAGCAAUAGUAUUUUUGAUGUUUUAAUGACAUCCGUAUACUUGUACUGUAUUUUGUACUACAAGGCAGCUGUUUUCAAUAAUGUCCUGCUGUAUUUACCUAUGUGUUUUGAGUGUUUAUUUCUUUGCUGCGGAGAACAAAUCCCUAAAUAGUUUUAGUAAAGGAGCUGAGAAGCUAGCGUUAUUAGGUUUGCAGAAACUGUUUAAGUUUCAAACUCUGAGGCAGCAAUGAAAAUUAAGGUUGCAGCUCUUAGUUGAUUGCUGUAACUUUUUCAUUUCAAAACAUGUAUAAUUCCUUAGAGACCAACUUGUUUUCCUGCUUCAGUGGUGGUUCUGUUGCUCAGCUGCCAUGAGCCAGUUUCAGUUUGCAAAGGUGCAGUACCCUCUCCUUUCUAUAGGGGUUGGUUUAUUCUUUUUUCUUUUCUUUUUGUUUGGCUGAAUUGCAGUAACUAGCCUUGCCCUUUCUACUCUGUAGAAAUGACAGGGUCUUCACAAUCCUUCACCAGUGGCUACUAAGCUAUAAUUAGCUGAACAGAAAGAAUGUGGAAGUGGUCUGAGGCAUAUAGAGUAUAUGCCAAGAACACUACCAUAUAUGGCAUCAGCUUUGGUUACCAGAGAAAUUUUCUUAGUCAUUAGACCAUAUAACAGUAGUAUAUCAUAUGUAAAUCUUUAGAUAUCAAUUUGAGAAUCCUCCAAAAAAAGGAGCAAAGAAUGCAUAAGCUAUGUGUUGGAAAAAGUAAUUUAUAUUAAAAUUUUGACCUGCCUAUGUAAGAUUAAGUGGUAAACGUCAUAGUGGUGGGUUUUUAAGUCUUAACCAAUCUCAAAGGUUUGUUUCUCCUGCAGGGGGUGGUUCACGGCCUCUUCUCACUGCAGGAAGAUUACAGGAGGAUGUGGAUUAAUUGUAGCAUUCACUGAUCCUCAUUCCAGUACUAGGGACAAUAGAAAUCUGCAAAGCAUAGAGACUACACUUUUGGUGUGUGGUUUGUUAAACAAGGUGAUAGUAACAGGCUAGCUUUCAGAACUCAUUCAAAAUAUUGCUUAUUAAAGGAAAUGAUCUUUGUUAAUUUCAGUCAGAAAAUGGCAUUGUACAGACUAUGGGAAACCAAUUUUUUUGUAUUGUCUUUCAACCACUAUUAUGAACAGUGAUUUAGGGCUGUUUUUCAGCUUUGGCAAACAUCCCAGCUAAUCACAUGUUCAAAACAGUCAUAUUCCUGAGAAGUAGGGAACUAAAAUUCCUUUUCAGACAAUUGGUAGAAUGUUUGUUUCUCAAACUACUGCUGUUACAGACAUGAGAAAUCAAACUUUAGGAACAGAAUCAAAAGAGCAAAAAUCUGUGUCAAGAUACUCCUCUUCCCUUCUGGUUUCUAUUGUCCCUACCUAUCAUUCAAGUAGAAUGGCAGUUGUAGUCAGCAAAGAAAAUAUUCAGUGCAUAUGCUGCACAGUACAAAAUGUAAAUCUGUAUGGCACCAAAAAAUCAAAGUGAAAACCAAACCAAAAACCCAGACACCCUAUGUUACUAUGGGAGGCAUGUAGGUGGUGUAAAUGACUGUAGCUGUGAUGCACACAUGGCUACUUGUCAAGUCACUUUCCAUAAUUAUUUACUGCAAAAUGAUUGAGAGGCUUUGGUGCAGGCAGCCUAUUAACCUACUACUUCCUUUGUUACCUCUCAAUCACUUUGCAAUAAAUUGCAGGUCUUUUAAGAGGUUCAAGCUUCAGUUUUCUCAAAAAACAAAACAAUUUUCCUGGCUUAUCUGAAAAUGCAGGGUUGUGGGCAAAAGAGGCUGGUUAUAAUAAUGCCCUCAUAUUGAGUGGUCUGUAAAUGGCUGCACACUUCAGGCACUAUAGUUGCUGAGGAUGCUUUGUUACAUGUGACCUUGACUGGCUUUACAGGGGGUAGAAUGUGCUCUACACAAGGUAUUAAAAGGUAACUAUUCAUUUGUGUCUACCUUGCUCUUGAGGUGGAUGAAAUUAAGAAGCUUGAGUGUGUAAGCCAUGCACAUAGGUAUUCUUCACUGUAAAUUUUGUUUUCAUUUUUAACCCAAUUAUGGUACUUUGUCCAAUGCACAACUGAUCUCUCAGUAGAUAUUCAUUUGAAACUAGUGUGGCCUUGAUCGGUGAGAAGGGGAAGGAAAGAAGUGACUUUUUGCUUAUGUAAAAUGACUCGUUUGCCGAGAGUCAUUCUGCAGCACUCUUAGUGUCUAAUGCGUUUGUGAUCAGUCUCCUUGUUGAUUGGGGAAAGUUAAUGUUUUUGACCCUGGAGUUAUUAAUUCAAUUGAGUUGUCUUCUGUUUUUAGGAAGUAUCAGAAUUGCUGUGAUAAAUAACAAAGUUGACUGCUUUGAUGUCCAAUCUCAGGUUUUAGAGUAUAUAUAGUGGUGUAAAAUUCCACUGUUAACUCUUAAGACAAUUUUAAUUUCGUACACCCUAAACGUCACCUGCAUAAGGCCUGUUCAGAGAGCAGAGCCUCCCAUCUUUUGCUCCUUUUCCACUUUGUACUUCACUUGAGAAAGUGUCGCGUGAUUUUACAUUGUAUAUUUCCAUUUUAACCCUGACAUAUUUCUCAAAGAUAAAGCACUUUUUGAUCAUGAACUACAUGGAAUCUUUGUGUGAUAUGGAUCAUGGUUUCUCAGGCUCCCCUAGGUAAUUUGCUUAUGAAUAUCAUUCUAACUGUGUCAGAAGAGUGGAAAUCUUUGCUAAUGUUAUAAAGUUUGUAUUAUUGAUCUAGAAUGCAUUUUGCUAGCUUCCAAUGGAUGGGAGAGUAAAUAAUGCUGCAUUCACAAUAUAAUAAGUUACUUUCCCUUGAGCCUUAAGGUAACUUUUUUUUCUGUCAAUAACAGCACUGAAGUUACAGUAAAUGAAUGAGAUUACCAGUUUUCAGGGUUGGUUUUAGAGUACUGUAAAUCAAUUAGCUGUCUUCCUAAACAGUUACUAUUCCCAUUGAAUAAACUGGAUAAUGGGUUUGGGGGGGGGGCGGGGGGGCGGGGAUUGUUUGUAGAAAAGAAAAAAGAAAAAAAAAAAGAACCACAUUUACCUAAAGAAAAAUAUAGACACAAAAGAAAGAAGUACAUGACAAUGCCUCAUUUGAAAUUCCAGACAUAAGGUGGAAAUGGCAAAUUAUAACCUCAUUUCCCUGUUUUUAAUCUAGAAAAGCAAAGUCAUUAAUUUUCAAGUGUUAGCCCCCAGAAGUUUCAAGAGAUAGACUGAAUGAUACUGAUGUUGAGUUAAAGCAACUUUAACUAAAUAGACAGAUAUUGAUGUAUCAAGAAGAAUUCUCUUGAAACAUCAAUAUCUGUCUAUUUAGUUAAAGUUGCUGUUCCCAGCCCUCAGUCUUAAAACUUAGUUUCAUUACUGAUGAAUUUAACAGACUCUUAUUUCAGUAAAUGUGGUCCAAUUGUCAGUAUGAAAAUUAAAUUUGGAAAAUACUACUGCAUCAUGAAGACUUAUUACUCUAGUAAUUUCCAGUUGAUAUCUGUACCCCUGAUCUAAGUAAGACCUUUAUAAAUGUAUUUUAUAUUUCCUAAUGAAAUAGAGAAUAUGCCAUCAAUGUAAUCACCUUUAUUUGCAAUCUUUUACUUUUCAUUUGAAAAUCUAACUCACGCCUCUCGAAUUAGACAUUCCAGUGGGGAUAGGUAAAGCCAUGUUAAAACAAUAGCAAAUGCCAAAUUGGUAGUGUCACUGCUCAAGUGUCAUACCUUUAGUAUGAUGAAAUGUGGGCCCAGAGUAUUGAAGAGAAAGCAAUAGACCUAUUCAAGUUCAUUGUCCACUAGCAUAUUGCAAAAGAAGGAGUUUGUCUUUUUUUUUCUUCCCUAUUUCGAAGACAUCAAUGGGUAAACCUUUCAAGAAAAGUGAUUUAGAUCAUCUCUUAUUUCUUAAAGGCAAACUCUUAUCCCCAGUCUUGCCCUGUGUUUCAAGAUCAGGCUGGCUCAAAGAAUCUUUACACGUACUUGGAAAUAGAGUGGCAAGUAGUAGAUUUCUUCCCUUUUUAAAUUCCUUUUUCAGGGACAUAUAACUGCAGGAGAGUCCCAAGAAACUUGAAAAACAGGUACGUGUUGUAUAGUAGGAAUUUGAGAGUUUCAUUUUAAAACUGUUCAGAUAUGAGGCGUUUAACCCUUUUUCUAAACCCUUUUCUCCAGCCCACAUGUCACGUCAAAAGCUCUCUGGAUUCCUAGAAGCUAAUAGAUUGGGAAAAGUCCAGAAAAUGAUAUUAAAUCAGUACAGGGCACACUUAAAAAGAGUUUUGCAUGUUAUGGUAGCAGGCAAGUAAAUUUGAGUAUUUUUCCGAUGAUUAUCAAUAUUUGAAUAAUAACUAAAGUUACCAGUGUAUUUGGACUUCUUUUUUCUAAAGUUCUAGAAUGAUUAGUAGGAAUUUAUUCUUCCCUUUGCACCUUCAUGCAGAUGUUUUUCCAAGACCAUUUUUAGAAGUCUGUCCAUCUUGAUACAUAUUUCCAGAUGACUCGCUUUCUAUAGUAACCUUCAUUGCCAGUCAUAUCUACCAGGGGCUUCCUUAGACUGGAUUCUUCUUCACUCCAAAGUUGGGACUGAUGUCCUGCCAGUAGAGAAGUAACUUGAAUGAAUUAAAACCAAAUCCUGAUAGCAGGAGACAGAGCUUCCUGAUCUAGAUGUACAACUAGAGUUUAGGUUAGAAGUUACUUUAAAGGGGGUUUUGGGGGAUGUCUUCAGUCUCUGUAAAUAUCCACAUGCUUGUGCAUUGUAAACCAAGUGUGUACUCCUAUGUAUGAAUUUGUAGAACUGAUUUCUGCUUCAAGAGAAGCUGCACCUUUAAUUUUAUAAGGUCCCCUACACCUGUUACCCUAUAAAUAUUUGUAAAUAGAACACUAAAAUUUGUAGUGAUAGGAUCAAUUUGGGAAUAUCUGCUGAGAGACCAAAAAGUUCAUUUUUUUAAGUACCUUGGUUAAAGAGUAAAGAUGAUUCCUCUUAUUUUUUAAAAGAAGAAUGCACUUUAACAAACACAGAGCUGCAUGGUCAAUUCAAACAAAUCCGUGAAAUGCAGUACCCAUUCAGUAAUCAUACUUCCUGGAAACCGUUCAAAGAGUGUAGAUGGGCUGUUGAUCUCACUGCCUGGAGGUUGAAGCUCAGAUUCCGGUCAAUUUGAGAGAUGAGCAGCGCUGCUUCAAAAGAGCAAUGUGAGUACAGCCAGAAGCUUCAGUCAGGUCUGUAAGAUGGCGGGUCCCGUGUUUACCACUAACUAGCAAAACUGACAGAGAAACUCAGAGAGAAAAAAGAAUCCUUACUGCUGGUGUGCACUCCUUACAAUAGCAACUUUGCAGAUGGAGUUUUACAGUCUAUAUUUAAAAAAUUGUAUGUUUGUAACAAUAAAGUAUGCGAAAAAGUGAAUGAUAA